AUUUAACUGAAGCUGGGACAGCAGAUUGCCCCUUGGAGGUGUCCAGUGUUGACAUGACAGGCCCUAGUUCUUUGUCCCGACCAUGUUCAGGAGACAUAAGCCCAGCACUUCGGAGCACAAGAGAGACCUUGCCGUCCACGGAUCUGCAUUGUCCGUGCCCCAUAAUGACAUGAGAACAUUCUUCAACUUGUCCCAACUUGUACUCUCUGCUGGCCAUCUGAGACCACCACCAGUCCUAAGGCAUUCAAAAAUCGCUUACUUUGAAGUGGAGAUUCUUGAUUCCCAAAGCAAAAAGCAGAUCUGUGUAGUGGACAAGAUACCACCAUCAUCAACACUUCUCGAUGUAAAGCAUAAGUUUCACAAAGUAUGUCCCCAGUGGUAUCCAUCUCGUAUAGGCCUGCGACUAGAACGCAAAGGACCCUAUUUGAAAGACUCUGUCAACAUAAAGAGCCUUGCAGCUUCUUCUAUCAUUACACUGUAUUUCACAGACAUGGGUCAGCAAGUGACCUGGACAACGGUUUUCCUAACCGAAUAUACUGGCCCUCUUCUAAUCUAUCUACUCUUUUACCUUCGACUCUCAAGUAUUUAUGAUGCAAAGGAGACCACAAGAAGUUUACGCCAUCCUGUAGUUCAUUUGGCCUGCAUCUGCCAUUGUUUGCACUAUAUCAGACAUCUUCUGGAGACACUCUUUGUCCAUAAGAUUUCGGAAGGGCAUACACCCCUGAAGAAUAUGAUCAAGGGUUGUACUUUUUAUUGGGGAUUCACUUCUUGGAUCGCUUACUACAUCAAUCACCCACAGUACACUCCUCCAUCAUUUGGGAACAAGCAAGUUUCUUUUGCUGCCCUUGUGUUUCUGGUGUGUGAAGCUGGGAAUCAUUUUAUCAACGUUUCUUUAGUCCAUCAAAAUCAAUCAGGAAAUAAAACCUCUUUCCCAAGUCCAUCAAUCAACCCUUUCACAUGGCUGUUUACAUUGGUUUCGUGCCCAAAUUACACUUAUGAGAUUGGCUGUUGGGUGAGCUUUACAGUGAUGACGCAAACUCUGCCAGCUGGUGUUUUUGCAUUCCUGAUGGCAAUCCAGAUGGCACAGUGGGCCCGGAAGAAGCACCAACUCUACCUGAAGAGGUGUACUACAUAUAGGUGGAGGAAAACAGCUAUGAUCCCAUUUAUAUUGUAACCCCAAACAGGAAUGACCGCUGGGGGCUAUCCUAUUGGAAGCAAGUGAUUAGAUUCCUUCAGCUGUGUAAGAGGGGUACAA